CUGCACCCGAAAGCUGCAAGCCGCCACUUGAGCGCAUUCCUCGACAAAAGUGGAGGUCAGCGCGCAAGUGACGCUCUCCAGUCUCUCUAAGGACGCACGGAGCGCACCCACGGAGGACACACUUGUGGACUUUACAUUCUCACUCGGAUAAACACACGACUCAAGUUAAGAGGGGACAGACGUCCAGGAAUUGAGCAAAGGGGAGCGACAACCAGAGGAAGCACCCGUCUCUGUUGGGUUGAAUCGGGGCGAGGAGUCCGCAAGAUGAAGCUCUUUCUCACUCCGCUUGUGCUCGUCCUCAUCCUUCCCGAUGUCAUCCUGUCCAGUGCAUGCCCGAGGGACUGCUCCUGCUCCACACCCGAAUCCAUCUUGUGUUUCCAGAGACGUUCAGCUACCAUUCCUCAGGGAGUGCCAUCAUUCACAAGGAGCCUCUACCUGUUUGCCAACGGAAUCGAAGGACUGUCCACCGAGGACUUUGAUGGUUUAGAGAACUUAGAAAUGCUGGAUCUCAGUCAAAACAAAUUGACAGAACUUCCUGACAGGGUGUUUGAAACCCUUGCUUCUUUGAGAAACCUGGACUUGUCAGCUAACCAAAUCACCCAGAUCUCAGAGGACUGCUUCCAAGGUAUGGCGCUGCUGGAGCGUCUUUAUUUGUAUAGCAACCACAUCAAGACCAUCCAUCCUGCUGCAUUUAACGGUUUGGAGAACCUACUGGAGCUCAAAUUGCAAGGCAACCAGUUGACGUCUUUACCCGUUCUCUCAAUGCCCCGCCUGCUGCUGCUGGAUCUUCGUUUCAACGUCAUACCUACACUGGGCGCCUCAGACCUCCAAACCCCAAAUCUUGAGUCCCUCAAACUAGGGGGUGUAGGACUAACUAACCUGAAUAAGGACCUCAUCGAUAGUCUGAAGAACCUCCAUGAACUGGACAUCUCAAGAAACCAACUAGAGGCUUUCCCACCAGUGCUGAAAGAAACUCAUGGGCUUAUUUACCUCAACCUGGCUGGCAACCCUAUGGGUCCUCUUCAAUUUCAGGACCUAAAGAACCUCGGGGAGAUGCAGGAGUUGGAUGUUAGCAGCUUAAGCCUACAAGGCCUCCCAGAGGAGUUCUCACAGCUUUUCCCCCACCUGAGGAAGCUGACGGUGGCAGAGAACCCCUUCAACUGCCUCUGCACCUUAGCCUGGUUCCCAAGAUGGCUGCGAGCCCAAAGCAUCACCCUGGAGAGAACAGAAGAGACCCGUUGCCACUUCCCUCCCAUCAACGCUGGCAAGGUGGUGGAGAGGCUGGAGCAUCGGGAUUUUGGCUGUCCUACCACAACCACCGUCACCACGAGUACUGUUAAAACUACCGCUGCCAUACCGGUACGUGUCACCACCCCAGCGAGCGCCACUACAGCUAUUCCAGCCCACCGGUUUAACGAAAACUCAGACAAAGACGUCGACUACCCCCUGCCCCCGGUUCCUGCAACCCCAAGCAGCAGCAGCGGCGUGGACUCGGAUGAGGAACAGCGCUUCUGUCCUUCUCACACUUGCCUCAAUGGGGGCACUUGUCGUUUGGACCAGUAUGGUCAAGUAGAGUGCACCUGCCCACCUGGAACCUAUGGAUUUUAUUGUGAAAUCCGGAAUGACAGUCCACCCUCGCCCCCUGAACCUGACCUGUCCGUGACGACCGUCACCCCAAAUAUACCGGACAUCACCUCCCGUCAGGCAACCUCAACGUCAAUCCUGCUCGAUCUCCACCGCUACAUCGAAAUGCGGCCUUACCUUCGCGGGAUCCGCCUGACCUACCGGAACCUCUCCGGGCCCGAUCGCAGGCCGAAUCAGCUGAGCCUCCCGGCAUCGUAUCCGGAGUACAGACUCAGAGGCCUGAACCCUAACUCCACUUAUACCGUAUGCGCCAGUCCGCUCGGCGCCCCGAGCAGCAUUGACAGCGUGUGCACUCAGGCGCGUACCACCGAUGAAAAGGACGACAGCGUCACUGGAGCUCAAAUUGUCAACAAGAAGAUGGCCACCAUGCUGGUGCCUGCGGUGGCCAUCUUGCUUCUGCUGGUGCUGAUCGCAACAGCAGUGGGAGUGGUGUGCUACGUCCGCAAGAAGAGGGCUAAAGGCCACCUGGACCUGGACUGUGAGCCUUCUCAGGUGGAGUUGGAUGGAGUGAAAGCUGGCUUGGGGAACGGGGCACUGCCUCAAAAACAAACCCAGCUCAUGAUCCCGGAACCGGCUGUUCAGAGCGGCAACCUGGAGUAUGAAGUCUUGCUGCUGCAGGAUCACUGCAUGUCAAGUAAAAUCAUGUCAUCGCACAAGCCCUCGUACUUUUGACGUCUGGCUUAAGACUAAAGAAGCUCUGCGUCCACGGCGGACAGGGAUAGGUCCACAUCGACUUGGACUCAUAUGUGGCAUUGAGCGUUCAUUGCCGGAAUGGCAACCGCUCCUACGUUACGAGCUGUCCAUUCAGGGGUAUUCACUAAACUGCUGGAAUGCCCCCGUUUGCCGUAUCCCUUGCUGCUCCUCAGUACCUCAGUACUAUCCCAAAGGGGCUGAGGAGGUCAUGACAAUUGGUGAUGGGUUUAUUGUAAGAGUGCACGACAAUUAUUGGACCGAUAUGAGGGAAUUAUGACGUCAUACCGAUAAAUUCCAUAACAUUAAAAAAAGAUCAGAUUACCGAUCAUUUAAAAAAACGCAAGGUGAGAGGCGUGAUAGCCCGUACUGUGUGGGUGAGCAAAUCAAGCGCUCCUGUUUUCUCCUGCCUGUGAUGGUAACAGCCUGUUGUAACGUCCCUGAGACAUUUUGCGUGCUAGUUGUACCAAUUGUACACAAAAAACCUUAUCGGCCACCUGAAACGCCGGCGCCGCAGCGUUUGAAAAGUGCAAAAGGUUUGCCAGAGACCUCCGUUGCGGCACACUGGCUGCUCGGCACGUGUGCCCGAAUACAGUGCACCUUGCUGGGCUCCUCCCCCUCUACACUCUGGUUCUCCUGGAAGCAGUGAUGUGGUCGUAGUGAUGUCAUCAUAUUUUAUUGGGACAAAUCAAUGAAAUCCUAAUUUGUUCCAGUGAUCCUUACCUCCAGGUGUGCACAAACGACACUUCAUCCUACAUUUUUAAAAAGUACAUCGGUUAUCGGUCUCAUAUCGGGCUUGAGAAGCAAAAAGUUAUCAGUUUAAAAAAAAAAAAAGAUUUCAUGCAUCUCUACUUUAUAGCUUUUCUGUCUGUCGUUCCACAACGGUUUUUAUCAGCUACGUCUGUUGUGGUGUUCAGAAACUCCAUGACGAUGCUGAGGGCGGGCACAUUCAUGUAGCAAACUUCCAGGCUGACUCCCCCACUCGUUUGGCACUAAAACUAUAAAAUGAUGAUGUUGUAUAUAUGUUUCAUACGUGUUUUUUUCCUGUAUUUUUUUGUCUACAUUGUGACCGUGAACAGCCUUCUACAUCGCUGCCUCUUGUGACCAACGGACAAAGAAGCAGGUCUGAAAUCCUUGAAGAUUAAGAAAUGGUCGGGUACCAGCGCCGGUCAAUCAAAGGGCUUUCCCCCACCGUGUCAGACAGUCUAAGUCUGCAAACACUCGAGACUAAAUCCCCUUUUGCAACAUUUGGAAGCCCCCCCGGUCGGCUUCAGCGUCACAAAGAGGGAAUCCGAGCAGGUACACGGCAAAGCAGUUGACUGAACGCCACAGCUUACAUGAAACACGCGUGAUCAAAAACCACAGUGACUUUAUUUAUUAUUUAUUUGCCCUGUAAGGGAAAGGCGGUGUCCUGUACACUACAUCCCCCCAUCACAAUUCCUGUACAAGCACAUUUGUUAGCAUCAGGCUGGGCACAAUUAAUGUGAAAUAAUAACUGAACUAUUGCUUGGAGGACAGCAGGACGUAGAAGGUGGGGACACUUGAUUGUGCAUCUCUGGCAACAUCAGCCAUUAAAUGGCACGUUGUAACGUGCACAGAUGUUGCGCCGCUACCUGCUAAAGGUGCCCACGUGUCUCCCGCUUGUUCGUUAGGCCCCAGACUCCUCCAUCAGCACAUGUGUGAAUGUCUGGUACAAGCAGUAUUUCCAUAGGCUACGCAAACAUUAGCAUUGACCAUCCAAACAAAAAAACAAACGCAACACAACUGGAAUAUAUUUCUGUAAAACAGAAUUCAUUGAAAAUAAAAAAAACUCUAUUUUCAAUGUGUUGAUGAAUUUUUCCCAGAUUAUUUUGGGAAGUGCCUUGUCAAUACUGAUUCUUUUGUAUGAAUAUGAUGAAUAUGAACUUUUUUGUACAAGUCACACUAAAGUGGUAUUAUCGUGAAAUAAAUACACACAAUUAAGAUGGGCGUAUUCUGUUUUUGUUGUCACGCUCAAAGAAAACGGGAAGCUUGGGGGUGUCACAAGAUCUUGCAAGAUUAAAACGUGACAAACCCCCUGAUAAUAAUGAACUCAUUCAGUCCCAGCCAAGACAACCUCUUCAGUAGCGGCCAUUUUAGACGAGUUUGA